AUAUCUCUGAGAGUACUUCCGUCGAACGGUUUGUAUUUUCACACAACACACCAAUGAAAGACGUCGCACCUAUUAUGAUAAACCCUGGGAAGAAGAUGGAAGGUGCUGCGACUUCCGUCAAAGAAUCAGAUUACUACGAAGGCGAACGUCUAACUCAUCUCCUCGGCUUGGUUCAAAGAGGAAUUGAGACGUCCAAGACUUCGAAUGUGAACCCAUUGCCCGACAAGAUAUGGCUAAAGAAACAAAUAGCGAUUGGUAUCAACGAAGUCACCCGUGUUCUGGAGAGGAUGAAACCAAACCCUAACGACACUAGACAACCUCCUGUUCAACUCCAGGUAGUGAUAGUAGUCGCAGAUUGUAAACCGAGGAUGCUAACCAAGCAUAUACCCAACUUGGCUGCUUCGAGGAACGUCCCGGUUAUCUAUAUCAGAGACCACAAACGAGCCUCUCUCAGAUUAGGAGAGCUGGUUAAGCUCAAGACAGCUCUAGCUAUUGGCGUCAAGGCGAGAGGAACUGAUCUCAACCUAAUACUCAAACAGAUUCUUACAAGAGAUGAUAGUUCUUGAUCUUGUUUUUGUUGCGUCUUUUUUCUAAGUGUGUUUGUUAUAUACAUUAUACAAACAAAUUUUUGAGAUUCCCCAGUUUUGGUCCAUGUAUCCAAAAAGAUUUGCUACUGUUUACCACACU